ACUAUACAUCUGAAAAAUGUCUGGACGUGGUAAGGGAGGAAAAGGUUUGGGAAAAGGAGGCGCCAAGCGUCACAGGAAGGUGUUGAGAGAUAACAUCCAGGGUAUUACCAAACCGGCCAUCCGUCGUCUGGCUCGUCGAGGUGGUGUGAAACGUAUCUCUGGUUUGAUCUACGAAGAGACCCGUGGUGUGUUGAAGGUGUUCUUGGAGAACGUCAUUCGUGAUGCUGUCACCUACACCGAGCAUGCCAAGAGGAAGACCGUCACCGCUAUGGAUGUGGUCUAUGCUCUCAAGAGACAAGGCAGAACUCUGUACGGAUUCGGAGGUUAAACUGGUGAAGUUUUUGUAACUUCGAGGUCGUGAGUAGCGACAAAACCCG